AUGGCUUCCGCUCGACGUAGUUGGCGUCUCGAUUCUAAAGAAAUUUUUGAUGUUUUGGUAAAUGAUGUUGACUCAGACAUUGAGGAAGACCCGGAAAUUCAAAUUGAAGAGGUAAUUCAAGACUUACAUGAGGUGGUUUCGGUCCAAGAUCAUGAAAAUGAUGAUGCUGACAUGUCAGAGAACGUAUCUGAACCAGAACAGGGUCGAAGUCGAGGUCGCUCGAGACCUACACUUCGAGGCAGAACGAGAUCGCGCGGCGGACGCGUUCGGUCAGGGGCGCGCUCGACUACCCGCUGCAGCAGCGGCAGACAUGCAUCAACUUCUAUCAGGGAAAUGGAUGAAGCUAAUGGAUGGUCAUACGAAGCAGUGCAGCAGCCGCCGGAAAAUCCAGUAUUUCAAGAAAUAUCUCGCGUAUUAGCCCCGAUUGAUGAAAAUUCGUCACUGUUCGAUUGUUUCUCAAUUUUUUUCCUGAUUCUUUUUGGAAAUUGCUCAAGACUGAAACAAAUCGUUAUGCAGCUCAAAUGA